AUGGACUGAGAGGGAGGAGCAGACAGGACAAUGUUGUCCUGUAAAGACUUGCUAAAGGAGAGAUGUGAUCUGUGUAUGGAUGCAGGAUUAAGUCUUACCACGGCGGAUUAGUGUCUGCGAUGGUUUAGUGCUGAAAUCAUCUGCAUCUCACACACAUCUUUCUGAAGCUGGACUUCUGGACUCUCAGCUCAGGCGCAGCGGGGAUAAACAGAGGUAAGGGAUUUUCUCCGUCCUACUUUCUCGACCUGACUCAGGCGAUGACGGUCAAUCCCUCUUGGGCCACAGUUGAGAUUUCGGGUGGCUUUAGAGACGAUACUAGUUUAACAUCACGGUCUGGAAUGAAGGGACUCCACCAUGAAUUGACUGGAUGUCUAGCUGCUUUUGGUUGGGUCCAGGGCUGGACUUUGUCUUCCAUGUUUAGUAAUGGACGCUCACAAGGGCCCUGCUCUUUUGAUUCUGGAAUCAGAAGAUGUAUACAGAACUAUACAGUAGGACCUUUAUCCUUCAUAUUUGCAUGUUUCCAGCCAUGUUUAUUUCAUCUCAGAGAUGAUAUGUUACGUGUAUUAUGAUUAUAUUUUGAUAUGUGUGUCACGUAUUUACAUCCAUGAGCAGUUUAUUUGCCUCAGGGGCUCAUACAAGUUCACCAGGGUUCAUGAAGAGACCUUGACUGGUCAACCAGGCGGGUGUGUGCCCACGCUGUCCUGGAGAGGGGGCAUCCUUUACCCUCCAGCUUCUCUCUUCAGCUCUAUCUUGCCCCUGCCAUAUUUUCCCAUCUUGGUUCCUGCCUUCUCGUCCACCAUCCUACACUCCACAUGUCUUUGUGCAGGCCGCUGUUGUCACCUCACACAGCUUGGAGAGUUGACUAAAUUCAUCACAGAGGGAGAAAGAAACGGUGUUUGUGACUGGUGUGAGACUAAGUCAGGAGACUAGUUGCUAUUUUUUCUUGAAGCAUGUCUGUUUUGAAUAACAAGUAAAUAAAGUACGCUGAGCCCUGUGGCCGCUUGUAAAGCAGCGGUGUUACCCUCCAGUCUGCUGAACCUAUGAACACCAGGAGGCUCCAAGGACAUGAAGGCUUGUCUUGAUGUUUGUGAUGUGAACUGUGUUGUGUACAGUACAUGCUCUUUAUUGGUGUGUUCUGUGGAUUCACAACCACAUGGAGGCAGCAGCUGAGAGUCGCUCUUGGGUGGGAUGAUGUCAGCCAGUCAGAGCUCAGUGGAAGAUGUCCAUGACCUGCUCCGCUGCAUGCUGAAGGAAGUUGAGGAGGCAAGAAGCAGCCAUAUGCUGGGGGCCAUUUCUCUGCAUCAACUCCUGAAUGCACAGUGGUUCCAUGCCUUGCUCAAGUUAAAUCAAUGCCUGGUGCAGUUUAACAGGGAGACAUCCAGACCACUGACGUGCCAUGCGGCAAGGCUCUCUCAAGAGAUAACAACGGGCAUUUUGCAGAAAAACACAUUCUCAGCAGAAGGACAGGAGCUGUGUGAUCUGCUGUGGUCCUCACACGUCCAGGCGCUCCUGUCAUCCCACGACUGCAUUGCUCAGUCAAACUACGCAGUGGUUUUGUCUCCGGAGCAGCCAGUCACGGGCAGCAAUGGGACCCUGAAUCGAGGACUGACUGGAGGAGGAGCCCGGACAGCUCAGUUUGCCCACAGAUCAACUGAAGACAUAAAAGAGGCCCGACACUUGAGAGGCCUGUCUUUGCUUGCCAGAGGCAGCCAUGACUACUCCUACCCACCUCCUGCAGUGCCGCUGCUCAGUCUUCCCAACUCGCCUGUCACACACAAAAGGUGGAGCCGGGGGCUUCAGAGGGGGACGCUCAUUCCUCUGGAGCCUUCGCGCCCAACUACAGAUCCAGUGAAGAUAAAGAGUGCACCGUCUAGUCCAGCUACUCGCCGUUCCACAGCGCCAGCUCAGUUCUUCACCCUUCCCAGGGGUUGCAAUAGUUGGUGCAGAUCCCCACAUCUUCCUGUGGAGCAACACUAUGUGUUUCACUCGGAUAGACGGGAGAGGACACGUGUGGAUGAGUUCUCGCAGAAAAUAAAUCCACAGAAAAUGUUGGUCCAGAGGAAUAAGCAGAGCAAUGAGCUAAGCUUCUAUCCUGAACAAGCCACAGUGGUGUCUGCAGAGAGGAUCACAGAUCAGAUGGGAGCAAAUGCUAAGGCACUCAAUCUCCUGGCCGAGGCGGUGUCCAAGCUCCAGGGACAAGUUGUGAAUAAACAGAGCAGAGAUCCAGCAACAUCAAAGCAGAUGCCCAAGCCUCCAACACCAUACCCACGUGACCUCUCGUCUUCUUCUCUCUCCUCCAAGUCUUCCUCCUCCAGCUCAGUCAGCUCUGGUUCUGACUGCUCUGCAGCCAGGAGCUGUGAACACCUGAAGAAAGACCAAAAACCCAAGGUCACUGUGGACACCACAAGGGGUCAGUUGAGACUUAACAAUGGGACCUUUACUCAAGCGUCUUUCCAGGAGAAUAAAAAAGGUAAAAGCUCAAGCUGUCUGUUGUUCAGGAAGAAGCAAAGUUAGGCUGCUGUUGAGGAGAACUGCUCUCUUCUCCACCUGACUGGAGAAGUUGUGGGGAUGCUGUGGGGUUCACCUCCAACUGGAAUGAUCAAGGUUUUAUCCUGCAGGUCAUUUUGAGUUUGGAAAAAAAACAUUUUGCACCCACAUGAUUAUAUCCAUUUUGUGUGAGCAAACAAUUGUUUUUCUCGCAAUAAACUGAAGCGUUGUAUGAAUAAACAACAUUUG